AGCUAUAAAACUUGAAAUUUUAGACAGGAUAAGUGUUUUCUUUAAAAAGUUUCUAAGCCUAAGAAUGAAAUAAAGAGAUGUUCAAUCAAUCCCAUAUUUGCUGAUGAUGACAUAUGGUCAACCAGAAAUUGCGGUAUGUCUGCCAUUCUAUACCAAGAAGACAUUAUUAUACUCAACAUGCACUGCUUCUGGGAAUUUUCUUAACAGGGAAGGACAACUUGAUCUUGACUAACUUUGUUGAAAUAAUAAGCCAAUGAUCAACCUACUGUCUGCCAUAAGUUCCAAAACCUUCUUCUGAUCUUUACACUUCAACCCACAAUGAGUUUCCUCUGCAUUCAUGUUUUCACAAUCUUUUUGUUCUCGUUCUGUUCUUUGAUUCUAGCUCAGCAACCAUAUGUGGGAAAGGCCACAACAAACUGUAGCAACACAGAAAUUUCAACUUCUGUCCUUGGCUACUACUGUAAUCGCCAAAAGGACCAAAACCACAGUUGCCAAGCCUACCUCACAUUCAGAUCCCAACCCCCUUAUAAUACUGUUUCUGCCAUCUCUGCUCUCUUGGCUUCUGACCCAUCUCAGCUCUCUCAAAUUAAUUCAGUUUUCGAGAAUGCAACAUUUGAAACUAACAAGCUUGUGCUGGUUCCAGUCAACUGUUCAUGUUCAGGUCAGUACUAUCAAGCAAACACAACUUAUGUUAUCAAGCAUACUGAUACAUAUUUUUUGAUUGCUAGUAACACUUACCAAGGCCUUUCAACCUGUCAAGCUCUCAAGAAUCAAAACAAUAUUCAAACUAAAAAUUUAUAUUCUGGUACAAGAAUAACUGUUCCUCUUAGAUGUGCUUGUCCUACAAAGAACCAAACUGCUAUGAGUGUCAAGUAUUUAUUAAGUUACUUGGUCUUUGCCGGUGAUUAUGUUUCAAGCAUUAGUAAUAGAUUUAAUGUAAACACUGAGAGCACUCUUGAGGCUAAUGGGCUUUCCGAACAAAACUCCGUUAUCUAUCCCUUCACCACGCUUCUGGUUCCUCUGCAAGACCGCCCAUCAAAUUCUCAGACAAUAGCACCGCCGCCGCCGCCACCAUCACCAACAGCAUCACCACCUCCUACUUCCUCAAAUAAAAGCUCAUGUAAAAUAUGGUUUUACGUCCUUGUUGGGGCUCUUGGAGGAAGUUCUCUUGUACUGGUCUUUGGUGCCAUAUUGUUCUAUGCAUUCCUCCGUAGAAGUAAGAAGAAAUCUGAUUCCACUAUUGUCUCAGAUGGCUUCAAGGCAAUUGAGAAACCAAAACCAAAAGAGGCUGAGGAAGAAUCUGAGGACUUCUUAAAGAUCAUAUCUAGUAUUGCUCAAUCCCUCAAAGUGUACAAGUUUAGGGAACUCCAGGAUGCAACAGAUGGUUUCAGUCCUAGUUGUUGGAUUGAAGGCUCUGUUUAUCGUGGCACGAUUAAUGGGAAUUUGGCAGCCAUUAAGAGAUUAAAUGGAGAUGUGUCAAAAGAGAUAGAUUUAUUGAACAAGAUCAACCACUCUAAUAUUAUACGCCUUUCUGGCGUCUGUUUUAAUGACGCUCAUUGGUAUCUUGUUUAUGAAUAUGCUGUCAAUGGACCCUUGAGUGAUUGGAUCUACAACAACAGCAGUGAUGGAAAGAUUUUGAGCUGGACACAAAGAAUACAGAUUAUAUUUGAUGUAGCCAGUGGACUUAACUAUCUUCAUAGCUUCACUACUCCUUCCCAUGUCCACAAGGAUAUAAAGUGCAGCAACAUUCUUUUGGACACUGAUUUCAGGGCUAAGAUUGCAAAGUUUGGUCUAGCAAGGACAGCAGAAUGGCAGGAAGGCCAAUUUUCCUUGACAAGUCACAUUGUUGGGACAAGAGGUUACUUGGCUCCUGAGUAUUUGGAAAAUGGUAUUGUGUCCACAAAGCUUGAUAUCUAUGCAUUUGGGGUUCUCGUGCUGGAAAUUAUGACAGGGAAAGAGGUUGCUGCUUUGUAUGAGGAGGAAAAUAUGCAAUUAUCAGAUGUCUUAGAUGCUGUGCUUCAUGAGGAUGGACAGGAGAGACUGAGACACUCUAUGGAUCCUUCACUACUAGGGAAUUAUCCUUCAGAACUUGCGGUUUUUAUGUUCAAACUGAUUGAUAGUUGCUUGAAGAAAGAUCCAGUAGGUCGACCAGCCAUGGAUGAGAUUGUGCAGUAUGUCUCAAGAACCUUGAACACUUCACUGACAUGGGAAUCAUCUAAGAGCAUAUCAGGGUAACAGAGUUUCUGUGGAAGCUCUUAUGUCACAGAAGUUGAAACAGUAUCAAUCAAAUACUAUGUAUGUUGUACUGAUUAUCCUUCCACUAUAUAAGUUUAUCUGAUUUGCUAAAUUGAAAUCGUAUAAUUUUUAAUUGCUUUAUUUUCUAAGAAAUAUAGCAGUUUUGAAUCUUAUACAAUAUUCCUUUCUCAUUUUAGUAUAGGGUGUAGCCUAAUGUAGUUUGGAAUGAUAUUUCUCAUGAAUUAUAGUCCAAGAAAGCAAUGAGAUACUGAAAAGUUGUCUAUCAACAGUUCCAGUGAAAAGCCAUCAAGGAACUUGAAGAAAUGAUUAACAUAGUGAUUGUCAAUUGGAUAGAUUCAAAGCAGCAACCCUAAACUGUAUCUGUGUGAGGCAAACUUGGGUUUUUACUGAGAGGCUAUGGUCAUUCCCCACCCAAACCCCUGAUUCCACCCUGGAUGGGAGUCAGUCCCAGCUCAAGCCUAAGCCACUAAGGCCAAAGCCUAGGCCUAAGGCCCCAUUACAAAAGGUUCUAUCCUCUUUAUAAAAAGAUUCCACCUGUUAUAAAAAGGCCAAAA